AUGAAAAUACGUAUCUUGUGGAAAAAUGACAGGUUCCUGUGGGAUUCUGAAAAAACUGAAGUAAACGCCGACGAAGUCACGGGCGCUAGUAAAUGUUUAAAAAAAUAUGGUAAAAUCUCUAGUUAUAAUUUGCUAAAUGAAGAUAAGGCGGUUUUUUUAAAAGAUCACAAUUUUUACCUAGAAAACAAGAAAGACGGGAUAAAUCAAACUAAAUAUUUAAGUAAAAAAUACGGUCAGAUAACGGAUACUACCCAGAAUAUAAUUUGGUUUUUACAAAUAUCUGACAUUCAUAUCAGUAUUUUUCGUGACCCUGGUAGAAUAACACAAUUCCAACAGUUUUGUGACAGCACUGUUAAAAAAAUCAAACCUCUUGUGGUUCUGGCCACAGGUGAUUUGACUGAUGCAAAGGCCAAAGAUAAUUUGGGAAGUUCCCAAGUGGAAAAAGAAUGGAUAUAUUAUCAUAACAUUAUUAAGGAGUCUGGUGUCACAGAAGAAACAUUGUGGUUGGAUAUAAGGGGAAAUCAUGAUAAUUUUAAUAUCAAGACACUUAGUUCACAAGAAAACUAUUUUCGUAAUUAUUCUGUACAAGGGUCUACACAUGUGAAAUCUUAUGUGCACUAUGAAGAUCAAAAUGGAGUGAAUGUAGCAUUUUUAGGAAUUGAUGCAUGUCCUGAGCCAGGUCUUAGGAGACCCUUCAACUUUAUUGGUAUUUUAGAUAUACAAGAACAACAAAAUAUACAGAAAUUAAAAGCUGAAGCUGAUAGUAAAGCUGAUCAUAUAAUUUGGUUUGGUCACUAUCCAACAUCUUGUAUAUUACCUUUGAAAAGGGAUGGUAAACAUUUUGAUUUACGACAAUUGAUUGGCAGCAGUAGAGCCUCACAGGUUUAUGUUUGUGGACAUUUACAUGCUAUGGGUGGUCUGGUACCCAGAAUGUAUACUAAACAGAAAAAAGGUUAUUUAGAACUUGAGCUUGGAGAUUGGAAAGACAACAGAAUGUUUCGCUUAGCAGCAAUUGACCAUGGCAUAUUUUCUUUUGAGGAUCAGAAACAUAAUAAAUGGCCUCUUGUAUUGGUCACUAAUCCAAAACAUGCAAGAUAUGCUAUGUCUGGACGAGAGCCCAUUCAACUGAUUCCAGAUUCCACUCAUAUAAGAAUUCUUGCUUUUAGCGAUGUUGAAAUUGAAAGUGUCAAAAUUUCAUUUGAUAAAAUCAGUUGGAUGAAAUGUAGAGUUACUGAUGGACCUCUUUAUGUGUGUCAUUGGUUACCUAAUCUGUUUAGUAGUGGCAUUCAUUAUUUGUAUGUAACUGUGAUUGAUGAACAUGGCAAAACAGCAGUCAUAGACCAUCCAUUUUCUUUAGACGGAACUUUGGUUAAUUUUGAAGUUACUCCAAGGAUAUUAUUGAUGGUUGAUGCUGGUGCUGUAUUUCAGAGCGUAUUUGCUACACUGCUGGUAAUGAAUGUUCUGCCUCUGGUAAUAUUGAGGCUUCAGAAACGGCCACCGAGAUAUCGCAGGAAAUUAGGGAACUACGUUUUACGGCGAGUAUGGCUACUGAGUAAAAUAGAUAGCUUAUUCUAUCCCAUAGUACUAUACGCUUUGUAUGUGCCAUUUGGACCAUGGGUUGUGGGUGAAUUGAUAGAUGGAUAUGUGGGUGUCAUAUUUGCAUGGGGCAUAAUAAUAAAAGGUGUAUUUUUACCAGAACCUUUUACCUACAUGUAUGGAAGUGUUCAGUUGAUGUUUGUGCAAUUACCACUAAUAUUGGUUCUGGCAUACUGUUUAGACACUCGGUUAUUUAGCCCUAAUACACGAAGAGUGAAAAGGUUGUUAAAGAAUAUGCCAUUCAUAUUUUUACUGUCUAUUCAGUUUCUUCUAGCAUAUUUCUUUUGGUUAGAGUAUGGUACAAUGGCUUUUUUGUUGGGACCACUUAGAACAUGGAGUGUGUUUUUGAGUAUACUGCUAUGGUAUAAAAUAUGGACUCUGCCUCCUGAUUAUUGCAGAAAAUUGAUGAAUUUAAAUGACAUGCCGUCAUAG